AUGGGACGUCUUUUGAUUGCAGCCAUCGUUUGCGUUAUGAUAAGCCAGGCGAUUUGUUCAGGGGUAUUUGAGCUGAAGUUGCAAGAGUUUCUCAACAAGAAAGGGGUGACAGGCAACAUGAAUUGCUGCAAAGGAGGGUCAGCAGCAGGAUUUCAGCAAUGCGAGUGCAAAACAUAUUUUAGAAUUUGCCUGAAGCAUUAUCAGGCAAACGUAUCUCCAGAGCCUCCGUGCACCUACGGUGGGACUGUGACUCCUGUGCUUGGAUCAAAUUCCUUCCAAGUUCCCGAAACAAACUCGGACAGCACAUUCACAAAUCCAAUUCAAUUCUCCUUCGGAUUCACGUGGCCGGGGACAUUCUCACUCAUUAUUGAGGCCUUGCACACAGAUUCCACUGAAGAUUUGUCAACAGAAAAUCCAGAACGUCUGAUUAGUCGAAUGACCACCCAGAGACACCUUACAGUGGGAGAGGAAUGGUCCCAAGACAUUCAAGUUGGUGGGAGAACAGAGUUGAAAUACUCGUACAGAUUUGUUUGUGACGAGCAUUAUUACGGCGAGGGCUGCUCUGUUUUUUGCCGCCCACGAGAUGAUGCUUUCGGCCACUUCACCUGUGGGGAACGUGGGGAGAUCGUUUGCAAUUCCGGAUGGAAGGGGCAGUACUGCACAGAAGCAAUCUGUCUUCCUGGAUGUGAUGAGGAACAUGGAUAUUGUGACAAGCCCGGUGAAUGCAAAUGCAGGGUGGGCUUCAGCGGACGGUACUGUGAUGACUGCAUUCGCUAUCCUGGUUGCUUGCAUGGAACUUGCCAGCAGCCAUGGCAGUGUAACUGUCAGGAGGGCUGGGGCGGACUCUUCUGCAACCAAGAUCUGAAUUACUGUACACAUCAUAAACCCUGUAAGAAUGGAGCCACAUGUACCAACACUGGCCAGGGAAGCUACACCUGUUCCUGCAAACCUGGCUUCACUGGUGACAGCUGUGAGACCGAGGUCAAUGAAUGUUCAGGCAACCCUUGCAAGAAUGGAGGAAUCUGCACUGAUCUAGAAAAGACAUACAGCUGUACCUGUCCUCCUGGCUUUUAUGGAAACAACUGCGAACUGAGUGCCAUGACCUGUGCAGAUGGGCCUUGCUUCAAUGGUGGACGCUGUGCUAAUAAUCCCGAGGGAGGAUAUUUCUGCCAGUGUCCGAUGGGUUAUGCUGGUUUUAAUUGUGAAAAGAAGAUUGACCACUGUACUUCAAACCCAUGUUCAAAUGGUGCCCAGUGUAUAGACCUUGUGGAUUCCUACCUAUGCCAGUGUGCUGAGGGGUUUAAAGGAACGCACUGCAAUGACAACAUUGAUGAGUGUGCGAGCUAUCCUUGUCAGAAUGGUGGCACAUGCCAGGAUGGACUGAAUGACUACAUAUGUACCUGCCCACCUGGAUACACUGGAAAGAACUGUAGUUCACCAGUGAGUAAGUGUGUGCACAACCCCUGUCACAAUGGAGCCACCUGCCAUGAAAGGGAUGGUCGCUACGUAUGCGCCUGCAUACCAGGGUAUGGAGGACACAACUGCCAAUUCUUGCUGCCUGAAAGUCCCAAGGGACAGGCUGUGGUAGAGGAACAUAACAAGAGAUACUCUGAUGAGGAUGAUGGAGGCUUUCCCUGGAUGGCAAUUUCUGCUGGAGUUAUUUUGGUGUUGUUGUUUUUGCUGGGCGGCGCUCUCUUAGUCGUAUAUAUCCGUGUGAAACUGCAGCAGCGGAGCCAACAGGGUGACAGCCACAGCGAGAGCGAGACAAUGAACAACCUGACAAAUAACUGUAACCGGGAAAAGGACCUUUCUGUUAGUGUCGUAGGCACGACACAGGUGAAAAACACUAAUAAGAAAGUGGACUUUCAUGGUGAUACAACCGGAGGUGAAAAAAAUGGCUACAAAUCCCGUUAUUCGCUAGUGGAUUUCAAUAUUGUGCAUGAGCUGAAGCAGGAGGACUUGGGAAAAGAGGACUUGGAAAAGAGUGAAACAAAAUGUGAAGCACUUGAUUCUGAUCUAGAAGAAAAACACAGCAAUCAUUUAAAGAGUGAUUCUUCAGAGGUGAAAUGUACAGAAUCUAUGUGCAAGGAUACAAAGUACCAGUCCGUGUAUGUCAUAUCAGAUGAGAGGGAUGAAUGUAUUAUAGCAACGGAGGUAAGUUGA